AAAUCCGUUUUACAGAGCGAUAUUUUAGUUGGGUAUUUCCUUUGUGCGCCAUUUUAAUUUCUCAGCCAAGCCGACGGACAGGCAAGCAGUUAGAAAGUCCCAUAGCUCUUGUUUGUUUUCUAAAAGAAACUUGAGAAAAUGUCGGAGGAGAAAAAGGACGAGAUCAAGCCAGAAAGCAGUGAACACAUUAACUUGAAAGUUACUGGACAAGAUGGCAGUGUAGUGCAUUUCAAGAUCAAGAAAAACACACCUUUGAGGAAACUGAUGUCUGCAUACUGUGACAGAGCUGGGUUAAAACUUGGUGUUGUGAGGUUUAGGUUUGAUGGAAAUCCCAUAAAUGAAACAGACACACCUUCAGGGUUGGAUAUGGAAGAUGGCGACAGUAUAGAUGUAUUCCAACAACAGACGGGAGGGUUAUUGUGAGAAUAACACAAAACAAACAAUGUAGUGUGAGUGAUUAAAGCAAAGUGGAGACAAAAUGAUGGUGCCUGAUCUUCAUCUAUCAUCUCAUCUUGUUAAUAAUUCAUCAUGUUCUUCAUUGGCACCAGUGUGGCUGAUGGCUACUGCAAAGAAAGCACCUCUAGCAAUCAUGGGACGUCCACACUCAGUGUCGCCAGCUUGAUUUGUUUUUAUGUUCUGUAUAUAGUUUAUAGACAUUUUGAAAAAAAAACAUUCUGAUAAAAACUAUAGAUACUUGUGAAAAGUUGAUUAUUAUACUAAAAUUGAUGGGCUCCUUGGAAUCUUCUGAGUGACUGUCCACUGCUGUGAAUUUUAUGUUUACCUCAUUAUCUAGGACAUUUGCCUGAAUAUUAAACCCCCAUCUACUACCAAACUCUGAAUCAAGUUGAAUUGCCCAUCUAGUCUAAUUAAUCAAGAUUUUGUAUCUUAAUUCUGUUUCAACAAAGAUCUUCUAUCCCAAUAUUCCCAGUGAGUGAUUUUAAUGUUUUAAUGUUUGUUUUCCUAUAGUAUGUAUCUGGUGUCCAUGUUUUAACUCUUGUACUUUAUAAAAGAUAAUGAAAAUUUUCCAAGUCCUGUCUGACUAUGAAUUUUUAGAAUGUUAGAAGAAUAUCUCUGAACAUUACAGGGGCCAGGAACUGGGACAGAAUCAGAGAAUGGUUGAUGUGAUGGUUGUUAUUUUAAUUCAUUAACAUGAUUGUUUGCAAUAUGUUGUAAAAACAGUGUAAUUCAUUUCUCACAUUUGUCAGUAAAAGUAUACAAGUUUU